GUUCCAUUGCAUUCAAAUCAACAUCUCAGACUCAUCACUUGAUAGUUCCACAACUCAGACUCACAGUCUUCUACAAACUUCAAAACAAUAUUUUUUACAUCACUAUUUACCGAGCAAAAUGAAAGCCUCUUCCACUUGGCUCCUUGUCUCGUGCCUCCUGGGCGCCACCAUAGCUGCGCCAGCUGCCGACACAGCCUUCGAUUCGGACCGAAACGACGUCACAGUAAGAGAAGUUGACGACGUGUCCGAGGCUAAUGUACCUCGCUCCUCGGCCUUGGAAGAAGCCUACUCUGUCACAGCCCGUGAUGAAGAACAAGACGUGUCAGCCGUCACGGCUUUAGAGGAAGCCAACUCUAUUGCUGCUCGCGUUAACGACGAAGGCGAGACGAACAACGGGGAGGUACUUGAGACGAGAGGGCAGGGGAAGAGGAAGUCGCGAAAGAAGUGUGCUAAGAAGGGCAAGGGAAAGCGAGGAAGGAAGGGGAAGAAGGCAAAGAAGGCAAGAAAGGCAAAGAAGGCUAAGGCUGCGCAUGCGCACAGGACUCAGUAGACAGUCACGCCUUGGGAGAAGCAACUUUCCAAUCUAUAGUAUAGUCUCAGCCCGUGGUGUUAGCUGGCCUUCACCAUAUCUAAAGACGAUAUUCAACAUAUCAAUAAAGUCUAUUAAACUCCA